UAUAAAAAACACCCCUUUGAGAGUUAUUACACUGUCAGUCUUAACGGUUCUGUUUUGGGUUGAAAACCCCGGAUUUGCUCAUCCGUGUGUUCCGGCAGGAGGGGCGGGGUUAAGAGGCUACGCUUCCCGGCCAGCCGCCGGCCGGACAUUCCGCCCUGCUGCCCCCGGAGAGAGAGCUUCCGUUCCGAGGGGGGAGUCCUCGGUGAACUUUCUGUCUGGAGGAACGGUUUAAAAAAAGGAAAGUUAAGAAAUAUAUAAGCCGCCGUCGACUCGGGACGGAGCGAGAAGUUGAGACGUUGGUGAUAUUUAAGACGUUGGUGAUAUUUAAGACGCUUGUCUUUCGGGGAACUCGACAGGCGACGUGUUUUUGUUUUUUUCGCGCAGACGAGCCGACAAAAAAAAGAAGGGGAAAAAAGAGAGAGACUGGAGGAGGAAGAAAAAAGAAAAAAAGUAUCUCGUCAGCGCAAAAGUUAGCUUGAAUCAACCAAACAAGUUUCAACAGUUUGUAAACGGAUUAAUGAAAGUGACUCUCCAUCUCGAGGACGUGACGCCAUUGACUCACCGGCAGACAGCUGCCGGGCCCCGCGGCUGCAGCGGCUGAACCGGGCCUCCUCCUGCGGCCCCUGCCUGUCAGGUGAAGGCGUGUCGCUGGGCGUGGAUUAGCACCUGAGUGUGCGCGUGCGUGCAUUAGUAACCUGCCAGUUCGCGCUCAGCAACGGUUCUUUUCGGUGUAUCUCCUGUUCUCUCCGUUCACCGCAUCACGAGCUUCAGGUCGCGCGGACACGUUAUGGACCGGAAUGAGAGCUCACACCUUCUCGACGUUUGACCCGUCGGACCGACGCGUGGACACUGGGUCAGGGCUGGUUCGGUGCUCGACUUUUUAUUGACCUGUGGAUAUAUAUUAUUAUAUUUUCGGGUGGGGAGAGUGCCAUGGCGUUGUCUCAAAUCCAAUGUCUGGAUAACCACCACGUGAACACGCGCGUGAGCGAGGGCAAACCGGAGUUUUUCUACAGCGAGGACCAACGGCUGGCUCUCGAGGUCCUCGUCACUAAGGGUUGCGAUGCGUUCAGGGACUUCGCCCGGGAGAAGGGCGUUCGGGAAUUCCUCUCGGAUUCGGAGCUGGAGCGAAUCGCUCACUCGGCGGAGGCCUACCGGCCCGGGCACGAGCAGCACCACCAGAAACCCGAGACCCCCGGCCCGGGGAACCUCACGCCGGGGUCCGGGGACUUCGUGGGAGACGGCGAGGUGUCGCUCCAGUAUUGGCCCGAUCGGUCCGAGGGCUCGGUGGCGGAGUUGGACCUCGGCUGGCCCGAGAGCAUCUCGUACCGAGGGGUCACGCGCGUGACCGUGUACACGCAACCGCCAAUCGAGGGGAACACACACAUCAAGGAGGUGGUGCGCAAGAGCAUUUUAGCAGCGCAAAGGGUGAUCGCCGUGGUGAUGGAUGUGUUUACAGACGUGGAUAUCUUUCGAGACCUGCUGGAUGCAGCCUACAAACGCAAAGUUCCUGUGUACAUUAUCAUCGACACGGCUUCUGUCCCCUGCUUUCUUUCCAUGUGUGGCAGAGCUGAUAUGCACCGUGGACACCUAAAGAAUAUGCGUGUGCGCUGCUCCGGAGGUGUCGAGUUCUUCACGCGGUCGGCACAGAAGGUGCGUGGAGCCCUGAGCCAGAAGUUCCUCCUGGUAGAUGGAGACCGAGCCAUCUCCGGUUCAUACAGCUUCACCUGGUCCUCCUCCCGUUUGGACCGCAACCUCAUCACUCUGAUCACGGGGCAGGCCGUGGAGACCUUCGACCUGCAGUUCUGUGACCUUUACCUGGAGUCCAGAGGCGUGUCUCUGAACAAGGUCCCCAUGGUGGACGAACCGAUCCCCGAGUACGUCCCUCACGUGGCUCCUCCUCCGGUGUCGGCCGCGAUCGCCAGGAAGCUCAUCAAUCCCAAAUACGCCCUGGUUACCAUGGGGACCCACAAGAGUCCCACUUCCUCCGACCCAAACUCCAGCAACAGGAACUCCCAGCUUCCCACUGGGAUGAAGUUUAUGAAAAAACGCGUCAGGCAUGUGUUUGAAGAGCCACCUUUACACCCGGGGUUAGCCCAUCUGGAGAAAGUGUACCUCAUCCCGUACCUGCCCAUCUGGCCGGAGCCGGACCCCCCGAGCGACGUGAUUGGCUUCAUCAACAUUAGGGACGACCGGCGAGCCAAUCAGGUUCACCUACAGAGGUCGGAGAGGUUUGAGACCAGCAAGGCCAUACGCUUCAGUGUGCCGCUGCUGGCAGAAAAGGCUCCUGCUUCAGGUGGGGAUGCAAAAGCUGCACAACCAGCAGAAAAGGUUUCUGGGAAUACAAGUUUAAAAGUCUCGACUCCUGUGAGUCCGACCGUCAAAGAACCCAAAGAGGAAACCCAUUCGGCUCCGAAAGGAGACCGAACCGAUGCGGCGGCGUCCAGCGGGCCCCCCGAGCAGCCCGGAGCCCCGACAUCACCCGACACGCACAAACCGGCCGCACCGCCACCCUCCGACGUGACCGCCGGCUCGCAGCCCGCGCACACCGACGACCGAACCCCCGAGACUCAAACCGCCGCGCCGCCUGUUCCGAAGCGGCGCACCCUGCAGUUGGUCAUAGACCCCGCCUCCUCGGAGCAGCCGGACCAAUCGCAGGUCUCUUUGAUGAAAAUGGACCCGUCGCACGGUCCCGCCGGUUUCGAGGCGAAGGGAACCGGCGAGGAGCCGGCGCCCGCCCGCGCGACGGCGAAGGACGACGGCGGGGACUCCGGCAGCACGGGCGACGGCAGCCAGGACAGCACCAAGGUGCUGUGCGACCGGGCGGUCGACGACGCCCCGUCGAGCAACUCCACGGCGUCGGAGGAGGACUUUUACGACUGCUCCCAGGCGGAGCCGAGAGACCCGCUGGUCAACGGAGCGACGACGGCCUCGGGGCGCGGCGAUCGCCAAGGAGACGGCGUCAACAUGAUGGCCCGCCUCUCCCAGAGCAUGCUGGACCUGCGGCCGUCCAGCCAGAUGGAGGACGCCACGGAUCUCAUCCGCCAAUCACAGCAGCUCCGCCGGCAGGGACAGCAGCCACCACAUCGGCACAUAGGACAGUUGUUCCAGACCUCGAAGUCGACGGGUCGCGACGUGCGGCACUCGGCACAGCCGGCGGGGAACUUGUUCGGAGUAUCUUUCUCAAAACUGAGCGGUUUGAGACAUUUGAGGGCUCGAGGCGGAGUGCUGCAGAAGAAGACGUCUCAAAACAACAAGGCCGACAGGUAGUGGAGCCGCGAGGACGAGGGAGGAGCCGCGACGCGGGUCAUUUCCUGUUUGCUAAACUGCCGGAGGCUCGACGGACAAGGACUAUCGGUAGGGAUUUACUUUUGACUAUGUCAACAAGAGUUGGCAGUUUGAUUUCAUGCGUCCUCAGAGGUAUCGUCUGUCAAUUAAUCAUAGGACCGUCAACGCGAAAGGCUUCCGACUGGACGCUUUCAGUCGUGUCCAGGGAGGGGAGGUACUGUGUCGUAGAGGCGGAUACUGUUACCUGGCAGAAGAUUAACCCUUUGGGGAUGGAUCCCUCAAGAUGUCCGCCAGGUGUAUUUUGUCGUGAAUAACCAGUCAGCGUUUAGUGAGAUCUCCUCUGCCAACUCAGGCACUUUAAUAAUAUUAGCAAUCCUUUGAAUACGUAUUUCUUAAUUUCCUCAACUGCUUUUCUUUACUCUCUCAGAACUGUUUACUGUAAAUGUAUAAAUGUAAGUGCAUCCCCCGAUUGUGCCCCCCCCCCCCUCUCCUGAUAUAAGAGUCAGGCUCUGGUGUUGAUGCCACUGUGAUUGGUUACUGAUGGUGUUCGGGUCGGGCUGCUGUGUUGAUAAACUGGUAUAUUUUAUGCAAUUUUAAAACACAUGUUGGACCAACAGUGAAUGCUGUAAAUAAAAAGGCAAAUUGUUUGCUGACUCAG